CUCGGCCUUUCUUCCGCCAGUUCUGGCAGAUUACGUUGCGCACCCUUUUGGCACGGCUGUUUGUAAUCCGUUUAUUUCUACUCAAAGUGAGAUAAGGCAGCCCUCACAACCUUCAAAAUGCUCGCCACAGUCGCCAAACAGCUGAAAAGCCACCCAGCUCUGAUCCCCCUUUUCAUCUUCAUCGGUGGAGGGGCUACCAUGUCCAUGAUGUACCUCGCUCGUCUGGGCUUGAAGAACCCUGAUGUCUGCUGGGAUCGCAAGAACAACCCAGAGCCCUGGAACAAGUUGGGCCCAACUGAUCAGUACAAGUUUUACACAGUUAACAUGGACUACAGCAAGCUGAAGAAGCAGGGCCCUGAUUUCUAGAGGUCACAUCUGCUGGACCGAAAGUACAAAGAUGAGCUGAUCCGCACAGAUCCAUCGCGAACUUCCUGGAUGCAGAGGCUGAACCCGCACAAUGAUUCAUAUUUAAGUUCCUCAUUGCAUCCCAUUGGCUUUUUGAAAUGUUGUCUCUUAUUUCUCAUUAUCAUCGGUUGUCAAUAAAGUGAAGGAGUCUUUUCUCCUCCAUACAGAGAAAAGAA